UCCUGGAUACCCAUGCCUAGAGCAGGGUGCUGCCUCACCCCAAGGGGCACAAAGCAGGGGGGCUGAGGGUCUCCAUCGGCCAACCACAGAGCCAUGGAGGUCCCAGCGGGGCCAUCUGCCACCGAGGAGUCCUGCCCUCCUGAGACAUCUGCGUCUGCUCCCGAGUCGCUGCCGUCACUGAGAAACGUGGUCCAGAUCACUGUGGUGAAGGCUCAGGACCUGAAAAGUAUCAGAGGUGACACGUCGAUCACGCUGGUUCGUGUGGAGUACAACGGAGUGAUCCUGGGGGACUCCUCCAAGACUGAUGUCUCACCAAAUGGGAUGGCAAACUAUAACUUCACGGCCAGCUUUGAGUACAGCACUGAUGGGCCCAACUCUUGGGUCAGCAUCGCACAAAAACCUGUACUUUUGACAGUGAUAGAAGUGUUGCAGAAGGAGAAGAAGCAGAAGGAGGAGAAGACCGUGCCACUCGGCCAAGCUGUGCUGGACCUUCUACCUCUGCUACAAGGACAGUGUUCAUUUACGGUCUUGGCUCCUUUGUAUGCAGUGUCUACCUCUCCAUCAGAAAGCCUUCACCCGGAGGCCAAGUGUGCUCUUGAAGUGUCUGUGUGCACCAAAAAGCCCCUGCUUUCUGCAAGUCAGCUGUCAGAUGGUAACUUCCUGAGUGUCACGCUGGAGGCAGCUUAUUCUGUCCCUGAAGCAUUUGUUCCCACUGGACCAUCGCACAACUACAUGGCUUGCUUGCAAGUACCAGCAGUUGGGAAGAAAGAAGUCCCCUUGCUCUUCAUGAAUGGCAUCCUGAAGCUUGGUGGUGAAAAAGAACCAUUACCCCGACCCAAAAAAUGGUCUCUUACUAAUAUCCUGGCCCCUGGUGCUCUGAACAUACCCAACUCCUUCAUUCUUGGUGGUCCCUAUGAGGAUGAGGAUGGAGAGCUCAACAAGACAAAGGACAGGAAGUUUAGGAUCCAGGCAGAAAGCACGAAGAGAAUCGUAUGGGACACAGAAAGACGCUGUUACCUGGAUCCUGCUGCAGUACUCGUCCUGAAGAAGCGCAUCGCAGAGUGCCAGUGCUGGCCUGUGGAGGUCUGCAGGAUGCCAGUGACCUCGUCCAGCAAAGGGAAAACCAGCAAAGCUGACAAGGGAGAUGAGGACAGGCAGAUUUUCUUCCACGGUGUGGCAUAUGUCAACAUGAUGCCUUUGCUGUGCCCUGGCGUGAAGCGGAUCCGAGGAGCUUUUCGUGUCUCUGCCUACCAGGACAGUGAGGUGCUUGAGAAGACUAAAAGACAGCAGAGCGUUCUGCGGGAUCUCCGUCCACAGAUCAGUCUGAUUAAAGAAGGAUCAGAGACCCCAGGAACCAGUUCAUCUCUUUCCAGAGCUGUUCCCAGUAAGGCCCAGAGGGAAGAUAAGGAGAAGAUGACCAGAGAACAGGAAUUCAACAGAAGGACAUCCAAUGCACCAAAAAUCCAGUCGUCGGAUGUUGCUGAAAAAGCUGCAAGUGUCACAUCUCUCAGCCUUGAUGGAAAGCAAUAUGUUGAAGCAGGAACAUUCCUGGUGAUGGAGAUAAAGCUGGACAAGGCUUUGGUACCCAAACGACUGCAAGAGGAGCUCACCAAAAGGGUCAAGGAGAUGAUUCCCCCUCGCCCUCCGCUGCCUCCCCGGACUGAAGGAGCCAAGAAGGCUGUGGAAGAUUAUCACAAGCACAUCGCAAGCAUUGCUGUUGCCAUCCUAAGUGAAUAUCAUGAGCUGUUUGGAAAGCAGCCGCCAGACCAAGGAGCAACAGACCAUCAAACCCUGGAGGAACAGAGGCGUCAGCUCAAUUUUGAGCUCAACAGCUCUGGGAAAUAUUUUGCUUUUAAGGAACAGCUAAAGUAUGCUGUAGUGAAGAUUGUGAGGGAAAAAUACCUGAAGACCACAGCAUUUGAGACCCAGGAGCAGUUCCAAGCAUUUCUCAGUGAGCUGUAUGUGUACCUUGUGGAUCAGAUGCACAUUGCCCUGAACCAGCUACUGUAUGAAGAAGCUUCUUCUCCUGCCCCUCGAAUCCACUUGACUGAUGAGCAGCUCUGGCUCUUUGCUCGUGAAGCUGAAGACAACAAGGACUACAAGCUGGCAUCGCUCUACCACCAGCAGAGGAUAGCUCAGGACCAGCACAACAUCCAGUACUGGCUGGACUACGGGGCAUUCUGCCUCCUGCUAGAGGACACCCUCAAAGCCCAGGAGUGCUUCCGGGAGGCUCUUUCUCUGAACCCACAUCAUGUGAGAAGCCUGCUGCUCUGUGGGAUCGUGGCAGUCAUGCUGCAGCACUAUGAAGAGGCAGAGAUUUUCUUUGAGGAUGCUUGCUGCUUGGAGCCAUCCAGUGUUGUAGCCUGGACGCUUUCAGGUUUGUUCUGUGAGCUGCAGAAUAAUUAUACUCAGGCAGAAAUGGCCUUCCGUGAAGCCAAGAAGAAACUCCAAGCACAGCAGGCCAGGGAGAGAAGCAUCUCUGGGGAAGGGAGAAAGCAAAUCAGUGCUACGUCUGUGAGGUCUUCCAGUCAAAGCCCAGAACAGCUCUUGCCAGAGGGGGUUCCAGAUGGCUCAGCCAACGAGCUGCCAGAGAUGGGAGAGGAGCCUGCCUUUGCUUCUAUGGCACCCGAGGAAGAGGCUUCAGCAUCAGAGACAACCUCAGAAGAUCCAUCCCCUGUUUCAGGAGACGGGGAACCUCCCUGCACAAUCUUCAUGAAGGCAGUGGAAUUCCUGAUGAAAUUCAAUGCCAUCCAGUUUGUUCGCAUGGCCCUUGCCCACGAGCUGCUGAGCCAGCAGGGAGGCCCUUCCAGUGCUUACUACCUGGCAUUGGCCCGGACAUGCUUGCUGAAGGAAGAGUUCUCCAAAUGUGAAGAAUGUCUCUGUGAAGCCAUCAGGAUUGACUUCCUGAAUCCCGAUGUCUGGGCUCAGAAGGGACACCUGAGCUACCUGAGGAGAGACUUGCAGGAGGCAAAGGAGUGCUAUGAGCGAACGGUCAAUUUUGUGGAGGAUGCUGCAGACAUGCAUUUUGUCUACCUGCACCUGGGCUCCAUCUACCUGGAAGACAAAGAGUAUGGCAAGGCGAAACAGAUCUACCUGCAAGCCUGCAAGAGCUCUGCAUCCUGUCUCACCUGGCUGGGAGUGGGGAUUGCCUGCUAUAGGCUGGAAGAGAUGGUGGAAGCAGAGGAUGCUCUCUCUGAAGCCAAUGCCCUAAAUAACAGCAAUGCUGAAGUGUGGGCUUACCUGGCCCUUGUCUGCUUGCAGGUGAGUGCCCAGCCAGCUCCUCAAGGGAGCCUGAAGAACACCGUGUCCGUCCCAGGGCUGCAAAUGGCUGGGGGAGCAGUCACUGCAGUGCUCAGGUGGCACAAGCAGCGCCAUCAGUGCUUGCUGGGACCUCCCUGAGCCCACUCCU